ACAAAACUCUCCUCGAUGGCCCUUUCGAGAUCCCUCGUUCGCAAGGAAUCCCCCUUUCCCCUCUCUGAACGGGCUAUCAUCUCCUCUCCGAUGCGUAAAAGUUGGAUCUUUUUCCCUCUUAUUGUCUCUCUCAUCCUCUCCGCCGCCGCCCAGCAAGAUGAGUUCAUCUACACCGGCUUCUCUGCCGCAGCAGACGGUGGCGUAAAUGGCGGCGGGCGAAACAUAAGCUUGAUCAAGACGGCGGAAAUCCAGGACGGCGGGAUCCUGCGCCUGACGAACGAGACGACCCGGUUGAUCGGGCGCGCCUUCUACCCGGAGGCCCUCCGGUUCCGGAACGCUGCCGACGGCUCUGCCUUCUCCUUCUCCACCGCCUUCGCCUUCGCCAUCGUCCCCGAGUACCCCAAGCUCGGCGGCCACGGCUUUGCCUUCACCAUCGCGCCCUCCAAGGAGCUCCCGGGUGCCCAGCCCAGCCAGUACCUCGGCCUCAUGAACUCCUCCGACAUCGGUAACGCCACCAACCACGUCUUCGCCGUGGAGUUCGACACUGUCCAGGACUUCGAGUUCUUGGACAUCAACGACAACCAUGUUGGAAUCGACAUCAACAACUUGGCCUCCAAUCGGUCCGCUGCCGUCGCCUACUUCGGCAGCGACGGCGCCAAGAACGACCUCAAUCUCAAAGGCGGCCACACGGUCCAAGCUUGGGUCGAUUACGACGGAGUAGCGAAAGUCGUCAACGUCACUGUGUCGCCCUUCUCCUCGAAGCCGGACACUCCGCUGAUAUCCUUUCCGGUGGAUUUGUCCCCGAUUCUCCAGGACGAAAUGUUUGUGGGCUUCUCGGCGUCCACCGGAUUGCUCGCCAGUUCCCAUUAUCUCCUUGGUUGGAGUUUUAAGAUGAAUGGCGUCGCGCGAUCGCUCGACCUCUCCUCCCUGCCUUCGCUUCCUGAGCCGAGCAAGAAAAAUAUUCCCUUGAUCGUCGCUGCCCCUGUCACGGCCUUUGUCGUCCUUGUCGCCGCUAUAGCCGCUGCAGCGUACCUCUUCUACAAGAUCAAGAACGCCGACGUGAUCGAGCCGUGGGAGCUGACCUGCGGCCCGCAUCGCUUCUCCUACGAGGAGCUGAAGCGCGCCACCAAGGGAUUUCGGGACCGAGAGCUCCUGGGCUUCGGCGGGUUCGGCAAGGUCUACAAGGGGACGCUUCCGGGCUCGCGGGUGGAGGUGGCGGUGAAGCGUGUCUCCCACGAGUCCAGGCAGGGGAUUCGCGAGUUCGUAGCGGAGAUCGCCAGCAUCGGCCGGCUACGCCACCGGAACCUGGUGCAGCUGCAGGGCUGGUGUCGCCGCCGCGGCGACCUCCUCCUGGUGUACGACUACAUGCCCAACGGAAGCCUGGAUAAGUUCCUCUUCUGCGACGAUCGCCACGGCCAGCCGCCAGGGCCGCUGCUAUCGUGGUCGCAGCGCUUCAGGAUCCUCCGCGGAGUCGCCUCCGCGCUCCUCUACCUCCACGAGGAAUGGGAGCACGUGGUGAUCCACCGGGACGUCAAGGCCAGCAACGUCCUCCUCGACGCCGAGCUCAACGGCCGCCUCGGCGACUUCGGGCUGGCCAAGCUAUACGACCACGGCGCCAACCCAAGCACCACCCGCGUGGUGGGCACCCUCGGCUACCUGGCGCCCGAGCUCACCCGCACCGGCAAGGCCACAACCAGCUCCGACGUGUUCGCCUUCGGAGCCCUGGUGCUCGAGGUGGUGUGCGGGCGGCGGCCCAUCGAGCCGAAGGCGGCGCCGGAGGAGCUGGUGCUGGUGGACUGGGUGUGGGAGCGGUGGACCGCGGGUCAGUGGGCCGACGUGGUGGACCCGCGGCUGGGCGGCGAGUACGAUCGUGAGGAGGUAGCGGUGGCCUUAAAGGUGGGCGUCUGGUGCUCACACCCGUCGGCGGCGGCCAGGCCGGGCACGAGGGAGGUGGCGCGGUACCUCGACGGCGGUGAUGCGGCGGAGGUACCGCCGAUGCCCGGCCCGGCGGAAUACUCCGCCGCCGGCGAGAGCAGCGUUGGCUUCGACGACUUCGUGCACUCCUACCCUUCAUCGUUCGAGAAGGUCUCCUUGUGCUCGGCUGCCGUUGUCGAGGAGGCGGCGGGGCCCGCUUACUCCCCCCUCUCCCGGUUCUCACAAGUGAGCUUGUGAGCCCAUACCGACGAAAAGAAGAGGGCGCUAAGAUUUGCGUGAGGUUGGGCUCGGUGGGUCUGUCGGUUUGAGCUGAUCGAUCGGGUCUCGUUCACGGGACAGUGUCGGUAGUCCGGAUGGGAGGCUGAGCGAAUUGGUCGAAUAGGACAGUUGGGAGUGAGGCGAGGACACUUUGUUGCCUUCGCUUCGCCAUUAAAAAUCAUUCCUACUUGCCAACUGUUUUGGUGAACACGAUCUCGAUUUCUUUCUAUCAAAUCUGGAAGCAAACCAAAAUGGAUUCGGUUCAAGAACGGAACCCACUAUUUUUAUUUA